GCUUGUCAUACACAUAAUAAAAGAAAGUAUUAAAACCAACCUUUUACUUGUGUUUCAGCUUGGUCUGGUGCAUCAGAAGAUUUCAAGUGGCGAGAAUACCUCAGCAUGGAGAAUACGGAUCCCCUUCCAGCAUCCUUCCUGACUUAUGAAAAUGAAGAACAUCUUGUCAUUCCUACCCUCAAAGGCUUCACGACUUACCAUGUGACACAAUGCAGAAAGCUUAGGAACAGACCCAUUGUCAUGGAGACAUUCCUCCGUAAUGCCCUGAGCAAACUGAUGAAGCAUUUCGGGUGCAUGGGCAAUGACAUUCCCAUGUUCUCCCUCCUACCUGACCUAAACUACGACGACAUCCUCCACCCAAACCGAGAAGUCAUGCAAUUCAAAAACCUAAAGUUCCAUUUGAUCUGCCGAGUCAAAGAUGGUAUGCAUUUCAUCAAUGCUCAAGGUCUGCCUCUGGUGGAAAGUCGUGGAGAGGUUCUGUCUGCAAUGAUGUCACUGGCCACCUUGUGCAAUGUCAUCCUACUCGACCAGAAGGUCUUUAUUCCUAAUGAUGUCGGCAACUUUGUCAAGACGAAAGAAGACAUUCCUCCCAACUUGCUGGAUGCUGGUCUGCGCCGUAUCCUCUACAUGGCCAUUUGUACAUUCUCCAUGCUACACAAAGAUGUCCUUGAACCAAUACUCUCUGGAAGCGUUGUGAUGAGGUCGCCUCAGUUCUCCAAAAUGAUCGUCACAGUUAUGAAAGUGACAGAAGAGAUGAUAACAAAGAAGGGAGACGUGACGGGACUCGGCACUCAGAUGAUUUUCAACAAGGACGCAGGCCAGGACAAACAGAUGUGGAACUGCCCGGGACAUGCCAUGUCCAAAAUGACCAACAUGGGCAUUGAUUCAUUUCCCAUUGACAUCUUCAAACCUUACCUGAACGUUGUCACAAGAUUGAAUGUCUCUUCCAACAACUUUGAAACAUUCCCGGGAAUAGUUUUUGAGAAAUUCACCGGCUUGACUGACGUUGAUCUAUCCCAUAAUAAAUUAACGUCCCUACCGGCGAAUAUCGAUAAAGCCGAGACUUUGAUCAGCCUCAAUGUGUCACACAAUCAACUCACGAUCUUGCCCACCUCGAUUAAAGAUCUCAAGUCGCUGACUUACUUAAAUGUGUCUUCAAACCCGUUGAUGACACUACAGAAGGAAAUGUAUGAAGUUAGGAGUCUGUGCUUGUUGGAUCUUGGCAAUACUGGUCUCGUCUCAUUGGGAGAAAACAUCGCCAAGCUAAGCAAUCUACAUGUCCUUCUCCUGUCCGGGUUGGGGUUGAAGACGCUUCCAGCAAACUUCAGUGUUCUUACCAAGUUGACAAAACUCGAUCUCUCAGGAAUCAAAUGGUUUGAUGCACCAAACAGGAACAGCAUCCUGACACGGACGUCAUUCGAUGAGUUUCUGGAGACAAAUAUACUGCUGAAGGCCAUAUUGAAAACAGAGAGGGAUUCCAUGUUCAGCUCAUUUGACAAGGGACACAAGGGCAACUUGGACUACGAUGACAUCCAAGUCAUGAACACCAAACUUUUUCAGAUGUUUGGUCGUUUCCAAAGUGAUGAUGUUAAAGUGAAGAAUUCCAAAGCAAGUGGCCUUGGAGGCUUCCCGGAGCAGCUUCUGCAACUGACGAAACUAGAGCACUUACUCAUGAGCUACCAGGGCCUGAGCAGUGUGCCGGACCGCGUGAAUGCUUUCAAGACCCUCAAGUUCCUUGACGUGUCCCACAACCCAAAAUUGGAGUAUGUUUCAGCAGAGUUAGGUGCAGCCCCCCUGGAGGGACUGUUCCUGAAAGGCUGCCCGAGCCUGAAGACGCCCCCGAGAGAAAUAGUCAGCAAGGGCUUCAAGGUGACACAUGCCUAUCUCAAGCGUCUGCAGACCGGUUCUGUCUCUUGCAAGCGCACCAAGCUCAUGAUGGUUGGCCUUGGGGGUGCUGGAAAAACCAGUUUGGUGAAGUCAUUAACAGCCAACCAGCUUCAGAAAGAGAGUCAAGGGACAGAGAUGAUCACAGAUGGUAUUGACAUCACCAACUGGAAGAUAAGGGAGGAUGGCUCGGAUGAGGAGUUGACUUUUUCUGUUUGGGACUUCGCCGGCCAGACGGUCUACUAUAACACUCAUCAGUUCUUCUUGUCCAACCGAGCAGUCUACUUGCUACUAUGGAAUGUUCGUCUUGGUUAUGAGCACGCUGGGCUUGAUUUCUGGUGCAGCUCCAUUGCUUGCCAUGCCCCUAAAGCUCCCAUUCUUGUCGUCGGCUCACAUGUGGACAAGGUUGAAAAGCCCGAGCUGCCUGAAGAGUCAAUGAGAAAACGUUACCCCCAAAUAAAGGGGUUCCAUUACGUCAGUUCCGCGACGGGGAGAGGACUGAAGGAACUGGCAGAGAACCUGACGCAGAUCACUAAACAAGAGAAAUACAUGGGAGAAAUGAUACCCGAGGCCUGGCUCAAUCUGGAGAAGAAAAUUCUGAAUGAAAGAAGUAAAGCCAGCCUUCUACCCUGGGAUAAAGUUGCAAGCUUUGCCACCGAAACAGGCAUUAUAAACUCAGAGGAGAUAUCGAACGCUGUACAGUUCCUACAUGAUCUCGGCUCACUGCAGCAUUUCACCAAUGACCGUUUGAAGAGUCGUGUGGUCAUUAACCCCCAGUGGAUUGUGGAUGUCAUGGCAUGUGUCGUGUCUGUGCAUAGUAGCCCUAUCAAGCAAGGAUUGUUCUACAAGAAAGACAUGUCCAUCAUUUGGAAGGACUACCCAGUGGACUUGCAUCCCUGGCUCCUCAACCUGACUGAGGAGUUCGAUCUCACUUUCCCCUUGACUGACAAGGACGCAAAUCUUGUGCCAUGUUUAUUGCCAGAGAAAGAACCAAAGUACGUGUGGCCAGACGUCACAGAGAAGGUUGGUCGGCGAGAAACGAAGAUGUUCUACAAGUUUGAAUACCUACCUGUGGGAUUGUUCAACAGGGCUCAGGUUCGAUUAUACCAGUUUAGCGACCAGUCAGUUAUCUGGAGGAAGGGCUCACUCCUCAGGAAGAACAACCACCUGGCCCUAGUGGCCCAGACCAGCGAUUCAGAGCUCAAGGUCAAAGUCCAGGGCCCAAGGCCUGAAAACAUCCUCUUCCUGAUCCACGAAGUCUUCGAGAGUCUUAUUGCCGAGUCGUUCCAUGGCGUACAGUACGACUACUUUGUGCCGUGUACAGAUUGUAUCAUGGAGGGGUCACUCGACCCAUGCAUGUUUUCUGCAUCUAAGAUUCGUCGAGCGAUGGAAUUCAAGGCACCAUUUCUACAGUGUGAUAAGUACUUUCACAUGCUCACCAUGACAGAACUGCUUGCCAUGAAGCCACCCGAGAGUGGUUCAGACUAUGACGCCCACCUCGAGAAGACCGCCCAUGACCUAAGGAAUCUGAAGCAGACCAUGUCCAAGCAGAUCGUGAUCUACUACUGCACGGCAAAUAGUCCUCGUUCUGGGCAGGAUUGGCCUGGUGAUGUUGCCCACCCACGGCAAAUUAGAGACGAUCUUUCUGCAGCUGGAUUCAAACUGUGGGUCCCAGACAAUCCAACCCAGCUGAUGCUGGAUCAGUUCACCAUCACUCUGAAGCAUGCACAGCUAAUCAUCGUGUGUAUGUCCAAUGAGUUUGAAGCAGACAAGAAGUGUGUUGACCUGCUCCACUACAUUAAAGAGAUUCUAAAGAAGAAGAUACUGGUGGUGUGCGUUGGGGCGAACUACGCCUGGCAGAAAACGAGCUUGGGCUUGUACACGGCGUCUGAGGUGUAUGUGAACAUGACCAAGGGUAAACCUUACAAGGAGAAGGUUGAAGAGCUCAAGGAGGCCAUCAUGAGAAAACUGGGGAAUGUUAAGAAAGCAGAGUCGUUUGACUGCUUCCUGAGUUACUGUUGGGGUAACUCGCACCAUGCUGUCAAAUUGGGCCAUGGGCCUGAAGCCCUCGGCUGGGGGGACCCAAGGGAAGUCAAGGACUACCUGGAGAAAAAUGGUGUCCACUGCUGGAUGGACAUUGAAAGAACUGGAGUGGGCGGCCUUUUCGAAGACAUUGGUGAAGGCUUACGCCAUUCCAAGGUGAUGGUGGCUUGCAUUUCAGAAGAGUAUGUGAAGUCGAGGAACUGCUUAAUGGAGUUCCAGUUUGCCAAGGUCACUCUGAGGCUUCCGAUCGUGGUAGCUGUGUUUGGAUCAGGAACAAAGUGGGAAACGUCUGAGCUUGGUAUGCUCAGCCUCGGCCACGAUCGCGUUGACUUCCAACAUGAGAAUCCCACCGGGCACCAACGUCUGCUCGCGAUGGUCAAAGAGAAACUGCCAAAAGAUGCUGGAAACGGGGAACAAACCAUCGAUGACGUCGAGAAUCAGCAGAUUUCUUAUCAUGAACUACUUGAACUUGGGCAAAGGAAGUUUUUACGCCAGGUAACGCUGUAUGCGGAUUCCAUGGACACGUCUUUCUUCCCAAGACUAACUCUGGUGGAUAUUCUUCCAAUUGAUCAGACUCCCCCUGCAGAGACUGAUCAACAGCCUGCCUCCAGUGGGGAUGAAAACCAAGAGAAGGAAGUUCCAGUAGACGAGAAAACUCAAGAAGAAGUCUUCAAAGACCCAUCCACCGGCGCAUAUCGUCUCUGCUUUAAACUCCUGUGCGAGAAUGAAGAUGGCUGGCACGUCGUGGAGCCCAGUAUCCCUUGCACGUUGACCUCAAAACUAGAGCAGGACAAGUUCCUGUUGAGUAUCGCGCCAUAUCUGAUCCGAAUCCUGGCGGUGCUCAAACACAGCACCCUCAACUUGAACAUGAUAUUGACGUCGGAAGGAGACGAACUUGUGCAGAACUUACAGGAGAAAAUCGCAACAGAAAGUUCUGAUUUCCGUGAACAGUACAUGAUACUCCGGAAGGCUGUUAUAGCACAAGAUGAAGAGGAGGUUAUGGGCAAUAUGAACAGGUGUGGAUUGCCAAGUCGGAAAGUGAUUUGGUUGUGCAAAGAACACCAGGAGGCCAACCGUGUGGUUGUCCUAGAUAAAGAUGAUGCUGGUGUCGGCUUGCCGGAUACGGAGGAUGAUGCUAUACUGGUUGAGCAGCUGCAGCAGCAUCAUGAAGUCCUCAUCAAAGAUAUAGAUGCAGCACGUCAGGAUGCCAUGGGACAGAACAGAGGAAAACUGGUCGAGUCAGUCCUUGCUGCAAAUAUUGGAGUAAACAAUGCAGCUACUAGUCAAAUCUGUACAAUUUCUUAAGUCAGAAAAAUUAUGCUUGUGUUCUAUGUUUGUGGUCUGACCUCAUGCCCAACAACUUAAGCAUGUAUGUAAUUGAGUGCAUUUGCUGAGGGCAAUGCAGAUGUUUCACCUGAUGUUCUGCAGUUGGCUGAAUCAGGCUGGAAUAGCUGGAUGAGACAUGUUGUGUGUGUUCAAUACAAUUUCUGUUUGUUGUUACAUUGUACCGAAGUCCUUAUUGACGAAAUACUGAUGAUAUCUUGUAUAUUUUCUAAUGAUUGUGAUAUGAGUUACUUUAAUCUGUGAUCUCUGAGCUGACAUAAGCUCCUGGCACAUUUUCGGUUACUGUAGAACUUUGCUAUUGGGACAAUGAGACAUGUCCUUAAUAGAGAGGUGUUCUGAUUACAACCAAACCAAGGUUGAGAAUUUUAGGAUACAGCAUGUGUAACUUGCUCUCUCAUCAUAGUAGAUUGAGAAAUGGGCGCUGGUUUGAUAAAGUAACAGAAGCUGUAAUUUUUUAUGAAUAAUUUGAUCAUGUGUAUGUGUCGUCUUUGUCAAAAUAAAUUGUUAGUAACGCACAAUUUGAGCUACAUGUACACCACUUCAUUCAAGCACUGUGAUAGACAAACAUUAGUAAAUCAGGCUUUUGGGUCCAAAAAUAAUGAAAUAAAACUUGGCUUAUGGCUUACUCUGUGUGAAGAUGUGAGUCACUGACUAGGCAGUUGUUAUCAGUACGAGUUGGGGUACAAUUUACAUGUACAUGUAAUUGUUUUGUAGUAUACAAUACACAUCCUUUGAUGUAGGUCUUCUUGAGCAACGUGAAAAGGCUUUUUGCCUCUAAGGGAAAGAAAUGUUGUGAUUACUCAGGUAAAAAACCUUACAUAUCAUGAUAUUGUCAAAUCUUCCAAUAUUGUUGAUGGAGAUAAUGAUGUCCUAGUUGAUUUGAUCUGGAUAAACUUUGCUGUUCAUGCCGUCCAUUUUAAAUCUUGUUUUAUUUUGUACACGUAUUUCUGUAUCUAUUCUGCAUAUCAUGACAGCUAUCUGUAACAUGUCUAAGAUUGUCACUCUAAAUAGAAUGGCACUGUAGGAAUUCAAACUAUUUCAUAAAUCUUACUAUGCUCAUUUUGUCGAUUUCUCCAGAAUCUUUAAUGCAACACAGUUACAUUCACUUGUAUAUUUACCUGCUUGUUUAACCCUUUCCCUGCACAGCUACAUAUAAAUAAACUAAACUGAGCCAAAGUGAAAUGCAAAGAAACCAUGAAAUGAAAUGGACAACUAUAUUAUUUGACCUUAUAUGAUUCAUGACAAAAUGUGAUCAAUUGAUCGACUGCACAGCAUAAAAUGAGAUAUUUACAAUAAAUCCUAUUUAAAAAACAUGACAAUUUUCAUCUAAGGGAGCAGGCAUUAAGCGGCCAAUCUGGUCUUGUUCUGCUCCCGACCACAAUCAAUAUCAUGUAUUUCAUUAAUGCACCUUGUAAAUUUUGUUGGUCGAAUAAAUAUUCAUAUUCAUAU